AUGGAAAAGCGCAAGCAAACUAAUAAUCUUUUAGGAUAUUUUAAGAAAUUGAAGCCUACUCCAGAACUACCAGAACUCUCAGAAUCUAAAGUAGUUGAUUAUGUGAGUGACUGUAAUGUUGAAUCCAUAACUAAUAAUCCAGAUAAUGUUAAAUCUAAGGUUAAUGAUACUGAUAGUGUUGAAUCCCCAAGUGUUUGUACCAACGAGCCUUUUGACAAGGUUGUCGUCGGAUACACAGUCCUCAGGCACCUGAUGAAUUUAAAAGAAAAAAAAUGGAGGAAUGUCCGUGACUAUUAUAUAAAGUGGAAUAAAGAGGAGAACUCAACCCCAUCAGGUUCCGGUGCAUCAAAAAAGAGGAAGUAUCAUUACGCCGAUAUUUUAUCAUUUUUAAAACCAGUUGCUGAAAAAAGAAAUACAUCUGGUAAUUUUGUUGAUGACCCCAACGAAAGUCUUCAAGGUGAACAAACUUUUGACGAAAAUCAUUCACUAGCUGAUGAAACUCAGGAAAAUGGAGUAGCGUCAACUUCUUAUUCUCAAUUAAAUAAAAAAUCUAAAAAAACACUAAAAGAAACAAUUUCUCCAUUCCAAAAUAAAUUGUUAUCUUUUAUAGAGCAAACGGGGUCUAAUGAUUCUGACAAACAAUUUUUAUUAUCAUUAUUGCCGGAUUACAAAAAUCUAAACCCUUCACAAAAAUUAGAUUUUUGUAUUUAUGUUCUGAAUUUUUUUUUAAAUUUACAUCAACCUGAUAAUAAUAGUUCAUCUUCCUUAACUUACGAUAAUUUCUAUCAAAACUCUGCGUCUAUAUAUAUACCUCCACUCAGACAACCUGACAUUAAUAAUACAUAUUAUUCAAAUACAUCUCAUAACAUUCCAUCUCCUUAUCAUUAA